AUGUCCGACACCGACAUUGCCCUCGGGGAUUUGAUCAAUUUCCCUAUUUUAGUCGUCUUGCUCGCUUUUCUGCCGUUAUAUUAUGUUUUAAAGGCAUCGCCGAUUCAUCCAAAAGGAUGUCGUCGCCUGGGACUUCCACCGGGUCAGAGCAACUUAGACGAUGAAUUUAAUCCGAAGUAUAGCAAGGGUGUCCCAAGUGAUGAAAGAGAUCAGGGCCAUCCAUCAUGGCGUGUCAAAGCCCUGUUCAGCUAUCCACUAAAAUCCUGCGGAGCUGUCGAGCUGCAAAUUUCGAACGUCGUACCCACGGGACUCGAAUUCGAUAGACAAUUCGUCUUUGCAGAGUACAGCAAAGAAGAAUGGAACAUUCGAACUCUACGCAAUGCAGGCUUCAACCGUCUCGCCCUGAUACAUCCCGAGAUCUGGGUUCCUGAUCCGUCCGCGUCGGGCUACGACAACAGCCUGGCGGAAGUCAAAUCAGGCGGCGUGAUGCUGAUAUCAUACCCUCGAUUGGCACCAGCUGGAUGGAAGGGUCUUCCCAUGAAGAUCAGCAUGGCACUCAAAAUGUGUGUAAGCCGUCACACAUUCCAAGUACCAUUGCAUCCACCACCCGACUCCAACUUCCCCCUCGUCCCAGUCAGAAUCUGGAAAGACAAACCCCUCGCCCACGACCUCGGAUGUCUACUCCCAGACUCCUUACAUGCAUACAUGGGCUUCGACCCGAAAACCAGUCCAUUAACACUCUUCCGCGCAAGCGCACCACACACACGUCAAAUCUUCCGCAACGCACCACUCAAAGAGGACCUAGGCUUCCAACCCAAUACAGCCUUCGCAGACGCCUACCCAAUCCACCUCUUGAGUCUCUCCAGCCACAAAGACGUAGCAGCACGCUGUGCCUACGCAAUCCCACGUCUAAGCAUCCGCCGCUUCCGUGCAAACAUCAUCAUCCAAGGACCCGCUGCAUUUAAAGAAGACCACUGGAAACGGCUUUCGAUUGGUGGGACGGAGAUCCAUGCUUCGUGUCGGACUGUGCGGUGUCGUCUGCCGAAUGUUGAUCCCGAGGCUGGGGAUAGGCAUAAGGCUGAGCCGGAUCGGACGUUGAAGGAGUAUCGGCGUAUUGAUGACGGAGAUCGGACUAAUGCUUGUCUUGGGAUGCAGCUUGUUCCUGCGAAAGAGAAUUUUGUGUUGAGGGUUGGGGAUGAGGUUCGGGUUCUUGAGACUGGAGAACAUCGGUAUAUUAAGAUGUUGGCGCCUGGUGAGAAGGUUGAAGGGGUUUGA